AUGCAAAGGCGUUACUUCAGACUUCCGUCACAUAAUAAGUCAACAUCGGCAACUACUUCGGUUGCAUCCAGAAAGUCCACUUCCGUCCCGAAAGUAUCUUCUCCAAUGCAAGCCUCAGAUCCGUCACCUAUACCUGAUAUUCCUAUCAUCUUAUUUCUAGGUGGUCCAGGAGGUGGAAAAACUCGGCAUGCAGCUCGAGUUCAACAAGCUCUAAGCAAGUUCGGUCUAGUUCAUGUUUGUAUGCCUGAUUUAAUCCGAGCCGCUAUUGCAAAGUAUCGCAAUAUUGAUUCAGAAUGGAUGGAAGCAGCUGAGCGAUAUUAUCGAGGCUUUUAA